AUGAAAAGGCAGAGUGGAAACAGCUUCCAUGUGUUUGACCAAGGCCAAUUUGCCAAGGAGGUCCUUCCAAAGUACUUCAAACAUAACAACAUGGCCAGCUUUGUACGGCAGCUCAAUAUGUAUGGCUUUCGAAAGGUUGUCCACAUUGAGCAGGGAGGACUGGUGAAGCCAGAGAAAGAUGAUACUGAAUUCCAGCAUCCGUACUUCAUCCGAGGCCAGGAACAUCUCCUGGAGAACAUCAAGAGGAAAGUAACCAGCGUAUCCAGUAUAAAGAAUGAGGAUAUAAAGGUUCGGCAAGACAAUGUCACCAAGUUACUGACUGACAUCCAGGUGAUGAAAGGAAAGCAGGAGAGCAUGGACUCCAAGCUGAUAGCCAUGAAGCACGAGAACGAGGCGCUGUGGAGGGAGGUAGCCAGCUUGAGGCAGAAGCAUGCUCAGCAGCAGAAAGUUGUCAAUAAGCUUAUCCAGUUUUUGAUUUCAUUGGUGCAAUCCAACCGUAUUCUUGGGGUGAAGAGGAAGAUCCCCCUGAUGUUGAACGACAGCAGUUCAGCACAUUCCAUGCCGAAAUACAGUCGCCAGUACUCCUUGGAGCACGUCCACGGCUCAUCCCCUUACGCAGCUUCUUCCCCAGCAUAUAGUGGCUCCAACCUCUAUUCCCCGGAUUCUUCAGCCAACUCCGGUCCCAUUAUCUCUGACGUGACCGAGCUAGCCCAGUCCAGCCCUUCAGCAUCUCCCAGCGGCAGUCUCGAUGAAAGGAGUAGUCCUGUGGUCCGUAUCAAAGAAGAACCCCCUAGUCCCGCCCGCAGCCCGCAGAUAGAGGAGAACGAGCCCAGCACUACGACCGCUGCAGCCGGCGACAGCACCACACAGCCUCAGCCCCAGGAAAAGUGCCUCAGCGUUGCCUGCCUCGACAAGAAUGAACUCAAUGACCACCUGGACACCAUCGAUUCCAACCUGGAUAACCUUCAGACGAUGCUGACCACGCACGGCUUCAGCGUAGACACGAGCGCGCUAUUAGACCUGUUUAGCCCUUCAAUGACGGUUACAGACAUGAACCUUCCCGACCUGGACAGCAGCCUUGCCAGUAUUCAGGAUCUCCUUUCAUCCCAGGAACAGCAGAAGCCUACUGAGACAGAGGCCAGCACAGCGGACACAGGAAAGCAGCUGGUGCACUACACGGCCCAGCCCCUCUUCCUGGUGGACUCGAGCGCUGUCGACAUGGGGAGUGGAGACCUGCCCAUCUUCUUUGAGCUGGGGGAAGGGCCGUAUUUCACGGACGGAGACGAGUACUCGGAAGAUCCCACCAUCUCCCUCUUGUCAGGGACUGAGCAGUCCAAACCCAAGGACCCUGCGAUAUCCUAA